AUGAUGAAUGUGAGCGAGAGUGAGAGGUCGAUUGGUGGGCGACGUAGAGAAGACCAAGUUCUGAUGGGUGUAACAACCGCUGACAAACGUCCACCCACAAGUAACGGAGCACCAAAUGGAGGUUUCGGUAAUGGGUUUGGUGCCUCAAAUGGAGGCCCAAGCAAUGGUUACACAGCUCCAGGAAGCAAUGGUUUUGGAGGAUCUCCUAGUAAUGGAAAUGGAGCCCCUACAAGCAAUGGAUUUGGACUCUCAGGCAAUGGGUUCGCAGGUGCUCCAAGCAAUGGAUAUGGAGCUCCCCCAAGUAACAGGUAUGGUCCCCCAACAGGUUCUUAUGGACUAGAUCCGGAGCUGGUUGCUCUGCAGGAGAACAUCCCAGGAGGCGGCGUCCCCGGUGAAGACUACCCAGUCCUGUCUUCUCCACCAGACACUGGAUUCUCUUGUGAUGACCAGGCAGUGGCUGGUUAUUACGCUGACACUGCCCCUGAUGCUAGCUGCCAGGUGUUCCACAUUUGCCAGGACCGUGCCCUCAGACGCCAGAAGGACUCAUUCCUGUGCCCCAACGGUACCAUUUUCAACCAGCAGUACCUUGUGUGUGACUGGUGGUUCAACGUGGACUGUUCUCAGGCUGAAAACUUCUACUCUGUCAACGAACAGAUUGGUGUCGUCCCCAGUGCUGGCUAUGGUUAUGGUCCAAUUGCUAACGGUAUUGCCAAUGGAAUUGUUAACGGGAAUGGUAAUGGCUACACUAAUGGCAAUGGAUUAAACGGAAAUGGCAGGAAUGGUAAUGGUAGGAAUGGAAACAAUGGUUAUGGAUCUAAUGGAAAUGGAUUAAAUGGAAAUGGUGGGAAUGGAAGCAAUGGUUAUGGAUCUAAUGGAAAUGGAUUAAACGGAAAUGGCAGGAAUGGUAAUGGUAGGAAUGGAAGCAAUGGUUAUAGAUCCAAUGGAAAUGGACGGAAUGGAAACGGAGGUGGUAAUGGUGCCAAUGGUAAUGGAAGAAAUGGAAACAAUGGUUAUGGAUCCAAUGGAAAUGGAAGGAACGGAAAUGGUGCUGGUAUCUUUGCCAAUGGUAAUGGUGGUAAUGGGAAUGGUGCCAGCAAUGGAUAUACCGCACCAGCUUCUCCCUCCAAUUCCUAUGGCACUCCAUUUUAACAUGACCUUUGCCUCUUGUCUUCUGCCUCUUGAAUGUCUCUCUUACAGUGAUUCGACUCUUUAAUGAAUGAAGAGCUAUCUUUAACCUUUUGUAAAUAUUUA